GUUGGGCAUGUGGGUCCUUGGUGGGUAGCGAUAUGAAGCGGAUGGGGUAGUUUAUGACAAGAGUGGGUUAAUCCAGUUGGGACCAUAUUUCCUCAACCUUCUAGGAGAGAGCUUUGUUCUUGCGGGAAGGGGCCUGGAUGCUCAGGGUAGGGCAUGCACAUGUGCGUGGCUCCUUGUGGUCUCUGCUUUGCUCAGUCUGUGUGUAUCUUCCUUUCUCUCCUUCUCUCACCCCUGAUCCUUCUAUCUCUGUCCUUCUCUCUAAUUCUUUCUCUCUCUUUCCCUGCCUUGCCCCAUCCUGCCUGCCUCCUUCCUAUCAAGUCUCUGUUCUUUCUCCCAGCCUCAGCUUGCUUUCCGGAAGGGCGUCCUCCUGCCCAGGACACUGGUCACAGCUCACCACAAGCUUCAUUCAAGAUAAAUUUGCUUCCACCUCAGGACCCAGCCUUAGGAAUCAUCUUCCUAUCCCUCUUCCUCCUCCAGAUCACAGGAUAUCCUGUAUCCAGGUCCCACAUCCCCAGAUCAUGGGAAUGAGGGCUCCCCUCUCUGGAGAUCCCAGGGCCCCUCCCUCAUUCCACCAAGCCCUGUGGGGGGGGGGGUCUCCCGCAUCACCUCCAUUCCCAAGGCCCCCAGUCAAGGCUCCAGGGCUUCCCCCUCCUCCUGGGACAUUUCUCAACCCAGAUUAAUCACAGGGGCGGCCCCAGAGAGGAGGAAGGAGAUGGCAUGGCUUACCUUAAAGAAGCACCCAGCGCCCCAACGCAUGCUCAAGACCCAGGCACCCCGAGGUCAUGAGGCUGGGACUCGUCUGUGUUCUGCUUUCUCUCCUGACAGGGCACGGCGGGGCAGAUACCCGAGCAAUCGGGGCUGAGGAAUGCCGCCCCAACUCGCAGCCCUGGCAGGCCGGGCUCUUCUUCCUCACCCGCCUCUUCUGUGGGGCUUCCCUCAUCAGUGACCGCUGGCUGCUCACAGCUGCCCACUGCCGCAAGCGGUAUCUGUGGGUCCGCCUUGGGGAGCACCACCUCUGGAGAUGGGAGGGUCCAGAGCAACUGUUCCGGGUCACGGACUUCUUCCCCCACCCUGGGUUCAACAAGGACCUCAGAGCCCAUGACCAUAAUGAUGACAUCAUGCUGAUCCGUCUGCCCAGGAAGGCACAUCUGGGCCCUGCUGUGCAGCCCCUCAACCUCAGCCAGACCUGCGUCUCCCCAGGCACCCAGUGCCUCAUCUCAGGCUGGGGAGCCGUGUCCAGUCCUAAGGUGCAGUACCCACUCGCGCUACAGUGUGCUAACAUCAGCAUCCUGGAGCACAAACUCUGCCAUCGGGCAUAUCCGGGCCACAUCUCUGACAGUAUGCUCUGUGCUGGCCUUUGGGAAGGGGGCCGGGGUUCCUGCCAGGGUGACUCUGGAGGCCCUUUGGUUUGCGAAGGGACCCUGGCAGGUGUGGUGUCUGGGGGUGCCGAGCCCUGCUCCAGACCCCGUCGCCCCGCCGUGUACACCAGCGUAUGCCACUACGUGGACUGGAUCCGAAAGACCAUGGAGGACAACUGAGCUCUCGCGCCUCAGGACCAAGAGAGAAGGGUGGGCGCAGGGGAGCCGGGAAUUGCCGGACUCUGGCCUCGGCAGCGCGGAGACGCACUUUGCAUAUUCAGGUUCCGCUCCCUGUUGGCCGACAGCGUCGAAAAGGACAGGGAGACACCUCCGCCCUGUAGCCCCGCCUUCUAUGAUGUCACCGAGAGCUGGCACCGCCCCCAUGGAACAGCUUCGCCUAGGGCUCCGCUCGGGGAGCUCCUCCACCAGAUAGCUCCUCCCCUCGGAGCUUUGCCCAAUGAGACUUCCCCCUCUGGACCCCACCCCUUGUAACCCCGCCUCCUCCGUGAGAGAUUCCACCCCCGUGACGUCAGGGGCGCGGCAGCUUCCCCCACUAGGGACUGAGGCGCUGUCGGGCUCCGCCCCUCAUGGCCCCGCCCCUGGGCGUUUGAAUCCUGGCGGGGUCCCAGCCUGAGAACCAAUGGAAGAUUUUACAAUAAACGCGCGUAGCCGCG